CAUAGUCACUACUGAUAGUGUAAGUAUUUUCUGAACAAACGCUGCAUGGGAAGGCAAGCUCUGCCUUGUUCAGUCUGAUGUGCCUUUCCUAUUCUGGAAACGUGUUUUCAUUUUAUGAACAUCCUUUUCAAGAUCUUGCAGGACUGCAACUGGUUGUUGCUACAUAGAUGGUCGCGAGGACAUGCACCUUGAAGGGUGUUGAGCUAUGACUUCAGCAGUUUGAGCAUCGCUCUGUACAAUGUUCUGACUUAGGGUAUGCAGCGGCUGCGCACUUGGAUCAAGAGAUUGAAAAGAAGACCCAGCAAGAAGAUGGCUGUGACGGAGCGCUGCAGAGAAAUUGAGAAGCAGGUCAAAGCCUGGGUUGACGGUACUGAUGGUGACACUGUCAAAGUCUUGGGUGUGGGGUCAGACUCCAUGAAGAUCUCAGUGGCUGGGAGACAGCUAAGUGUGUCCUUGCCGGCAGCCUUCAUGUCUGGCCACAGAACAGGGAAGGACAUUGACGAUGGAGACCAGUUUUUUGUCACUGCAGCCACCUAUGAGGGCCAGAUGGAAGAUAUGUUACAGAGGAUCAACGAGAAGCUGGAGCGGCUAGUCCCUGCUGACUGCACCGUGCCAGUCCUUAUGGAGAAACUGGUAGGUACUGUAGACACGCAAAGCAGGCCAGAGCAGCCAAGAACGCCUGCAGGCGGGGCAAGUGAAGAUGAGGAAGAGGAGGCAGACGACGCUUACGACCCUGAAGAGGUGUCCGACAUGUCCGAUGAGGGCGAAGACUCAGACGAUGAAGCGCCAGACUUCUAUGGCUAUGACAUGGCCACAGGAGACGACAUUGUCAGCGAGAGGGAGUUGCGGGUACGCAAGGCCUCGUACCUGUACAAGGUUGCAGAGGAGGCGCGGUGUCAGUGUGCAGAGGCAGGAGAAGCAGAUGAGGUGUUUGCGGAAGGGAGCACGUAUGGUAUCCUGCAGUGGUGCAGCGUUGAGGCUAUCCCGGACCUGCUGCGUGUCAAGUUGUCCUGGGACUUGCAAGGCUUCAUGGAAAAGGCGGACGCUCUCGCGCUCGGCCUGAUUUACGAAGAACCCCUAGUUGCGAGCCUGGCCUUCUCCUCGUCUCUCUGGGUGGAUCCCGUCCUCCCAGCUACGAAGAAGCUGGCGCCUGAGCAGGUCCACGUGACCCAGGACGUCAGCACGAGCCGGCGGGAGUCGGGGGUCAGGGAUGGCGACAAUCAGGACCAGGACACGCCGGGGAAGAACGAGAGGAGCGCGUACGGAUCCAAGGUGCUGGUCCCCGAGCUGAUCCACCGCUUCUUCCGCGCCCACGCCCGCAUCCGCUCCCCACACCUGGACGACGAAAAGUCGAUCCUCACGCUCAUGUCCGUCGGCGCCGAGCACGCUCGCGCGUCCCUGCUGGUGCGCCACGCGCGCGCCACGUCAGCAGAGAGCGCCCCGCUCGACCUGAACGCCCUAGUGCACUGCCGGCGCACUGAUGCGGAGCUGGAGGAAGAGCUCGGGGCAAUCAACCGGGCGGAGUUGGGGUGCACGGACGAGGCUCUGGCGGUGGAGGGGAACGUGUUCACGGCCGCCCUGCAGAUGGUCGGCGCCAAGCUCGGAAAGGUUGCCACGUGGUGCCCCGUGUGCAGGCAGCCGCAUGCGAGCCCGGGGAUGCGCCUGCGGCCGUGCAACAACGAUCUGUGCCUCUACAGGUUCGAGGAGCUGGGCCUGGGCGCGGCCAUCUUGCCGGAGGUGCUCGAGAACGCGGAGCUCGUUGAGCUGGAGCUCGCGAUGGCGGCCAACGCGGCCGCGAGCGGGCGCGCCGAGGCUGUCUUUGAGCCGUUCCCGUCGUUCCUCCUGGAGGGCCGCGAGAACCGCGGCCGAGCCGGCUGGUUUAACUCGAGCCCCAACGCGGCAUCUGGCAGCGGAGCCCACAAACCGGUGGCCGCUAAUGCACAGGCCGCCGCCGGGGGUUCCACCGAGAAGGCAAUCAAGAUGAUCGCGCAGCUGAAGGAGGCGCUGGAGGCGGUGCCCCCCCUCAAGGAGCUGACGGGCUGCCGCUCCGAGGCCGCGCUCAUCACCGCCUUCGUCAACGGCUGGUACAACCGGCCCGCGUACAGGAUGCAGCUCGUGCGGGCCAAGCAGCGCGCGGCCAAAAAUCCAGAACACGGCCUGCCCGCGCCGAGCACCCCGACGCGCGACCCCAAGGAGCGCGACCGCGAGAUGUUUCCGUACGACCUGGUCCGCUUCGUCCUUUCUUCCAACCGGCUGUCGCUGCGCCACCUGACCGACCCGGACCUGCUCCCGCUAACCAACACGGCGGCGCAGUUCGUGGUGCUGACGGCGGACCCCGAGAAGGAGGCCGCGUUUGCGGCGCUGCGCGCGAGCAAGGGCUCGUUCUUCGCGUUCCACGGGAGCAGCGGCGAGAACUGGUACUCAAUCCUGCGCAACGGCCUGCGAUCCAUGAGCGGCACCAGCUACCAGAUGUACGGCGCUGCCCACGGCGCUGGCAUUUACCUGGCGCCCGCUCUGACCACCUCCCUCGGAUACUGCGCGCGCCACUCGCUGACGGGGUGGGCCAAUGGCACGUACAAGUCCGGCUUCACGUGCCUGGCCAUCUGCGAAGUGGUGAAAGGCGCGGCCAGCACGCACGGGACGUUCUGCUUCGUGGUGCCCCCCGGCAAGGAGGACCACGUCGUCAUCCGGUACCUGCUGGUCUAUGACGGGGCGACCGUCAGCGGGGCGCACAACAUCGCUGACGACAAGCUGGACAAUGUCAGCCUGAGCGAGCACUUCCGAAACGUCACCGAAAGCGUGCGCGAGGCGCGGUUCGCACGGCAGGUCGCGCGGCACACCGCGCGGAAGCGGGCGGCGCGGCAGGCGGCCGCCGAGGCCGCGGCCCAAGCCGCCGCGGCCGCUGAGCGCGAGGCCGAAAAGAGCGAGCUGAGCAGGAGGCGGAGCGGCGCGCCUCGGCGCAGGCUUCGAGGGGUUAAGGCAAAGACCCCAGCCGGGGGUUCGGCUAGCGCGACGCAGGCAAUCCAAAAGGAGCUGGCAAAGAUGAUGGCCCUGCAAACGGGCCGGGGGGGCAAAGGGAAGAGCUCGCUGCCGGCCGGGGGGUUCGAGGUAGACGUGGACGAGGAGGACCUGUACAAGUGGCGGGUCAAGCUACGGCCCAGCCUGUUCGCGGGGUCCACGCUGGAAGGGGACCUGCAAAAGGCGGCCAAGGCGCGCCACGUGGCCGAAGUGCCCGUGCUCCUGGAGAUCCGCUUCCCGUCCGAUUUCCCGUGGCAGCCGCCCUUCAUCCGCGUCGUCUCCCCGCGCUUCGCCUUCCACACUGGGCACGUGACCGUCGGCGGCAGCAUCUGCAUGGAGCUGCUGACCGCAAGCGGCUGGACCCCCGCAUACGCGCUCGAAAGCGUGCUUGUACAGAUAAUUGCCGAGAUGAUGAGCGGAAACGCGCGCUUGGACCAGACUUCCCUCCAGAGCGGAAUUGAGUACUCGGAAGCGGAAGCGAAAGCUGCCUUCACCCGAGUCGCCAGAGAUCACGGUUGGAAAGUGUAGUUAACCCAUCAACCCGAGCCAUAUAGACAGAUACCCCCUUUGAGCUUCCUCCAAUCUAACAAAUUCGAAAAAUCGCAAGAGACAUCGAUACAGUUUCGCCAUUAUCCUAGGUUAUGAAGCGGACGCUACUGUUUGUAUCGGAGACUAGGGAUUUACACGAGAGCAAAACAGCCCUCUGGAUGCCACGGGAGAGAAGCGAGAAGUUGAGGUGGAGAAUGUGGCAAUUUGCAAUGGUCACUGUUGCAUGCACCUGAUGAUCGAUGAGAUUCAAAG